UUGGUGAACAGAAAAUCACGAUUUUCAUACUCAGUUUUCAACUUUGCCUCUUUGUUCGCAAUUCGAAAACGGAAAUAUACGACUCUUGCUGUUCUGAAGUGUUGAGAUUUUUUUCGCAAACGAAAAGAGGAAAGGACGGUUUGGAAACUUUAUAGCUUUCAGAGGACUUCUAACGUUUUCCAGGGUCUUGAAAAGGGCAUUAAUUCUUACAAAAAGAACUUAAAAAGGCUAAACCAAUUGAAGAUGUUGACACUGUAAAAUUACACUGUUUUGAGAGAGAAAGAACAUAUAUGUAGAGUGGAUAAUAUGACCGUUUGAAGAGUCCAUUUAUUGGCCGGUUCCUUGUUUUUAAGUACCCCGUUGUUUGCUUGUCAUCAGUUUAGUAGUUCGCUGGAAGCGCUGAAACAUUUUCAUCAUGUAAAAACCAAACGGUGCCUUGAAACAGGCAAAUCACGGUGAGGAAAGACGUUGGAUCAUCUCGCUUGCUUGCGCUGUCAAAUCCAUCAGUUUCUGAGGGAACUAAAAGAAAAGUACGCAUUGUGGGGUUCUUUUUUAAAUAUUAACAAUGGAAAAGGACUGUAAUGCAAAGGUUCAGAUGCCAGACCUGUCUGGGAUAGAAUUCAUUGGCGAAAUCAAAGAGGUUCCCGCCUGGGAAAUGGGGGUGAAAAUUACUAUUUGUGUCAGCAUAGAACUGGUAGCGAUUGUUGGAAAUCUGUUGAUAAUCAUCAUUAUAGCACAAUCUCCAAAAAUGCGCAAUGUGACAAAUUAUUACAUUUUGAAUUUAGCAAUAUCCGAUUUAUUGGUUGGUCUUUUUGCCAUUUGGAUUCAUCUUGUGGAUGACCUAACGCAGGGAUGGGUUCUUGGAAGUUUCCUCUGCAAGUUCAACCCUUUUAUGCAAAUAACAGCAAUGUGUGCCAGUGUAUUCACGUUAGUUGCAAUCGCAGGGGACAGAUUCUUUGCCAUCGUGUUUCCAUUGAAAUCACGCGUGACUCAAAGGAAAGUGAGCGUGAUCAUAAUCGUGAUUUGGUUGGCCGCCAUUGCAAUAGGACUUCCUGUUCUCUUCUUCUAUGCUUACACGGAGAGACAAUGGAAAAAUUUUGUUGAAAAAUACUGCACGGAAGUCUGGCCCCAAGUUCUACAGAGUGAUGGCACGUGUGACCAAGGAAAACGAUCCCGCAAAGCCUACUGGAUAUGUUUGUUGGUGGUCCUCAAUUGGGUUCCAAUGGUCUUAAUGAUGGUUGCAUACUUUGUGAUAUUUAUAAAGCUGAGGAAAAGUCGGAGGGUGUCCAAGACUGGAAGACUAACGAUAUCAGCCGUACAGCAAAGAUCCAAGAAAAAGGUUGUGAAAAUGCUGUUCGCUAUCCUCGUUGUGUUUAUCUUCUGUGUUGGACCAUUUCAAGUUACAAAGCUCUUCGAGUUUUUCAGAGACGAUACCCUAGAAAGCUUACCCGACUGGUACAACCCUUUCUACUUCGCUGCCGUCACUUUAUUGUACACCAAUAGCGCGCUCAACCCCGUGCUGUACGGCGGACUAAACGACAACUUUAGGAGUGGAAUAAAGAACCUUAUCAACAGUAUAUUCCGCCGGAAGCUGAUCCAGACUAACUCUAACGGCGUCACCAGGAAUUCUGUGAUUUCCACCAUUCCGGACAACAGGCGAGAAUCGGAGGUCAAUAUUCUCAGUGAUCUUCAUCUUGAUCCAAAGGAAAACACCAAGAAGAACGCCAGCUACAACAACCCGGUUUACGAGGAGCGGUCGGCGUCCGAGUGAGAGGACCAAACCUAUAUCCGGUUUGUCAAGCGCAGCGCAUUUUUUCACCAGAGACGAAACUGCAGGUAGUAACGUUAAUACCAACAAUAACGGCGUAAAAUGAAACCAUAUAAAGAGUGUCGACCAAGCUCUAAAAACCGUAAUCAUUGGGAACACUUUUUCAAUACUGCGAAUUUCAUUCCUAAAACUUUGUUGAAUCGUAAAUUUUAUACAUGUAUACUAGUAUGUAGAUUCAUCUACAGUAUCUUUCGAUGGCAUUUCUAUACCCACAAUACACAGUGAUUUUCAUAUCAAAAACCACGAGUUUCCAUUCAUGUCUACAGACUUUUCUCAAAUACUAGUAGUUGACAUAUGUAAAGCAUCUAUUGUGAUUCAUAUUGUGUACGUUUAUUUUUCCAUGUUGUAUAUAAUAAAACACAAAUAAAAUUAAAAAUAAGA